CCGCAGUUGCCGUUUUGUUGUCAGUUCGUGCGCUCGCGCUUCGGUCCGCCGUUCGCGUUGUCGGGAAAAAUUAAUUUGAAGAUGUAAUGCGCUGAGGAUAUCUAUCAACUCCACCCAAGCAACAUAACCAAAGAAGCUCCUCGAGCGGCGCCUGUAAACCAAAGACUAAGUGCCUAGAGCAUAAAGAGGUUGCCCUUUACAACCUCCAAGUGAGACAAAGCCCAUAUAAGGACAAGCAAUGACUGCCAAUAGCCUGCUGGGACGCUCCAUACUCAAUGAAGGACGUUCCAACAAACGUUCGUUAGUCUCACUGAUUGUCGGCCUGGUCGUUGGCUUCUGCCUGGCCGAGCUGUUUGUCUACUCAUCCACGCCGGAACGUGGCGAGUUUGUGCCCUACGAUGGCCAUCGGCACGGCGAUGUCAACGACGCCCACCACAGUCACGACAUGCUCGAGCUGUCCGGCCCCGAACAGGAUGUCGGCACGCACGAGCACUCAAACGAGAACACAAGCAUUGCCGAGAAACUGCAUAGCGAAGUGCGCAUUCUCUGCUGGAUUAUGACGAAUCCCUCCAAUCACAAGAAGAAGGCGCGCCACGUGAAACGCACCUGGGGCAAGCGAUGUAAUAAGCUGAUCUUCAUGAGCUCAGCCAAGGAUGAGGAACUGGACUCUGUGGCCCUGCCCAUAGGCGAGGGGCGCAACAAUCUGUGGGGCAAAACGAAAGAGGCCUUCAAAUAUAUCUACGAGCACCAUAUCAACGAUGCGGACUGGUUCCUCAAGGCUGACGACGAUACCUACACGAUCGUCGAGAAUCUACGCUAUAUGCUAUAUCCCUAUAGCCCAGGUUCGGACUACGCCAUAUCAUUUCACUAUGUCUCGCCCAAUCAAAUGUAUGUCCUGGACUAUUUGAUAUACCAUUUGCGACCAUAUGGCAUAGUUUAUAGGCCAGAUGUAUUGCCCAAUAAGUUGACGGUGGGCGAACUGAUGCCAGCGCCCAAAGAGCCAAGUGCUAUCGAAGGAGCCAAACCGUCAGAGGAGUCGAUGACCGAAUCGGAGAAGGAAGCGCAAUGAUUCCAGCUCCCUGUUUUGCCAUGUAUAUAGAACUUGUGUAAAUAUCGUUCGUUCGACUAAGAUCUAACUCAGUUAAACAUACUUUGCCAUUUCCAUAUGUUGUCUAUUGUAUUAGCUUAAUUCGCUUUAUGAAAAAUGCUCUUGAGUUGUA